AAAAGAUUACGUCAUUCUCAUGCGCGAUGAAGCUUUAGUAUCCUCGGUACCAGCACGAAAAUAGCCGCAUUUUUAUUUUUAUGAAAAGUUAUACACAUUUUUUUUUACGUUGCUGCUAUUGUUUUCUGAUUUUAGGAGGUCAUUUUAACUGCUGACAUUUUUACCAAGCAUCGAUAGAAGAGGAAUGAAGAGGAAUGUUAAGCAACUAAAUCUUGUUUAAAAAGAAUAACGGCUGCUUCCCAAGUGUAGUUAGCCGAAGAAACAUCAUUUUACCUUUUUUCUUUGUUAGAAAAUAAACAAUGACAACUCUGACAAGGCAAGAUCUUAACUUUGGACAAGUUGUUGCUGACAUUCUGUGCGAGUUCCUGGAAGUCGCGAUUCACCUCAUCCUGUACGUCCGUGAAGUCUAUCCCUCUGGAAUCUUUCAGAAGAGAAAGAAAUACAAUGUUCCCGUGCAGAUGUCCUGUCACCCUGAGCUGAAUCAGUACAUCCAGGAUACUCUACACUGUGUGAAGCCACUCAUUGAGAAGAACGACGCAGAGAAGGUGGUCGUGGUCAUCAUGGACAAAGAGCAUCAUCCAGUCGAGAGAUUUGUGUUUGAGAUUUCCCAGCCUCCUCUCCUCUCGAUCAGCUCAGACACGUUAUUGUCACACGUGGAGCAGCUGCUGAGAGCCUUCAUCCUGAAGAUCAGUGUGUGUGACGCUGUUCUACACAACAACCCACCAGGUUGUUCUUUUACAGUGCUUGUGCACACCAGAGAUGCUGCUACACGCAACAUGGAGAAGGUUCAGGUCAUCAAGGAUUUCCCGUGGAUCGUCGCCGACGAGCAGGAAGUUCAGAUGAAGGAGCCGAGACUAAUUCCACUGAAGUCCAUGACGUCCGACAUAGUUAAAAUGCAGCUCUAUGUGGAGGAGAGAGCCCAGAAAACGUAGUGAGAAGCGACACAUCACACGGGGGAAGCAGAUGCACAAACUAAGCAGAACAUUUCUCGCAGCCUGUCGGUGCAAAAUGAGUUCUUAUGAAGACAGGGCAUUGUUAAAUGUUAAAUAUUCCUCAUGGGAUAUAUAUAUGUGAGGUGCUUUCUUUUUGCUGCAUCUUGCAUUGUGAGUCGGACUGAAACAGUGGGAUGCCGUUUGAGAAAUCGUAAAAUAAAUUUGCUGUUUGGAAAGCCGAUUUUUUUGUGUGUGACACAGUAACUCCAGUGUUUGCUAUGAAUAAAAUUCAAGAUGUGUUUAAUAAUUGUUGUGAAAAUAUAAGUUUUGUUUUUGAAUUGUUCCUUUUUCUCUGUCUGUUUAAUGUAGUUUUUUAACUUUACUAUUAGGGGUGGGCAUUUAUCGUAUGGAUAUUCGCUGUCGUGAAAUAUUAUCAUGAUAAAAGUUUUGAUUCAUGAGAACGAUAAAUUUCAAUUUGUGGUGUUUGAAAACCCCAAAAACUCUAUUUUUAGGAUUUUUAUUUGUACUAUUUUCUCCACUGUUUGUUCAUGAGUGCAUUAUUAAAUUUGAAAAUAUGAUUAAAUGGA